GAACCUUCAGCAGUCGUCCAUCGCGGUUGUUGUGCCUUGCCUGUGCCAACUUGGAGGCCUCAUUUCAUUGUUCCCAUUAAUGAAUAAUACGAAUUGGAUUAUUUUUCUUUUCAAUAUGAAAAACUGUCAAAGAGAAAUUGAGCUUAACAUUUGUGAAAACACAUGUACCUAUCAAAGUCUGGAGGAAAUAACGAAACUUUGAAUCGUAAUGAUCGGGAACAAAAUUUUAUCGUCGAAAAUAUAGUGCUGCCAAUCGACUUAUUAUUAUAAAAAUAAAGUAUAAAUUUUGCGAAUGAUGUUGUACAUAUAUAUGUAUACGUGUGUGCUUCAAAACAUCGACGAAGAUCAUCUUUGUAGAUUCGUGUCGCGCGCUUUAUAUUGAUUAGAAAUUUGCAAAAUGAUCACAAUUAAAUAUUACAAAAAAAAUGAAAAAAUUUGAAGUAUUAUCGAUUGACAUGUAGCAUUGAGCUGCGACCAUAUUCAAUAUUAAACAGAUAAGAUAAAAGAAACGUAACGAUUGCGGACAACGGUAUCCACUAUCGGUCGCCUCGUUCAGCAAGUGAAAUUCCCCGCUUGUGCAAGUAGGUCGCAAACACAUGUUAAUAUGAAACAAGUACGCAUACAACGAAGCCCGUGCGAGGCAUUCUUUCGAAAGUUGUUUUGAUACGCAAUUUUUUCAAUGAAGGACAAAAGUCCAAGGCAACCAUUACCGAUUAUAUAUUAUUAUUUCUAUUCUAAAUCUGAAACAAUCAUUAUAAAAACUCGUACACGUGCAACGUGCACAAAGCGUGCGUAGAAUCGCUAGUAGUUAUGUUGAACAUAUCAUUUGCAUACAUGGAAUGAAGUAAACGCAACACCACCGCAAACCUUACCAAGAAUUAUGCUACGCUUAGAUGGAUAAGUUUACCACUAUCGUUGCUGCACGUACAAACCGCGAGUUCGACCAUCGCGAAAGGAAGUCCUCGGAUGUCAAGAGCAAUUGCUAUUGCGAAAGAAAGAAAGCGCAUAUAAUUGGCCGUGUGUUGGAAAGUAGCGCGCGAAAACCGCAGUAUAGAAUAUCAUAGCUGAUUAUUAUUGACAUCAAUCAAUGUGAAAUUAAUCGCGUUCGACGUUCGAAUUGUUUAAAGCGAAUGAAGAAUGAUGAGAAUCGAGCUGUCAUUUUUACGUGCAAUUAUCCUACUGAAGUAGACUCGAAAAUAGAUUCGGAGUAAUCGGAGAAGUGAGUUGGGAGAGUCGGAAAAAUUAAAGGAAAUGUUUUUCGGAUAAUGGAAAUGGUGAAGGAGAAGCCACGCAGACGAAGUGUGAGCGAGCUGCUCGAUUGGAGAUGCCUAGCUGGAUGUAAGGACAUCAUUGCCAGGACCGAGAACGGUAGCGAAGAAGAGCUCUUUCGGGCGAGUCGGGUCAAGGAACCGGAAACACGCAGACGGAAACGAUCCGGUACUUGGCCACGAACGAGAAGCUUAAACGCACCCAGUCCCGUUCAAACAUUCGGGCCAUGUGGGCGUAUCAUGAAGAAUUCCGCAAUGGUUAUGACCAUUCAGGAUCCAGCCUCCCAGAGGUUGACAUGGUACAAACCUCCGCUUACCGUUCUCGUCAUCAAAAAAGUCCGCGACUCGUCAGUUCUACCACCGUUUGUUCAAAUGGUCACAUGGCUGAUAGAGGAAAAACGAAUGGUGGUUUUUGUAGAAGCAUCUGUUCUGGAAGACCCAGCUUUAGCCAGGGAUCCCAGAUUUCAAGGUGUUCGCGACAGAUUACAAACCUUUAGGGACGGCACGGAUGAAUUACAGGAUCGAAUUGACUUUAUUGUGUGCUUGGGAGGUGACGGCACACUCCUUUAUGCCAGUCUACUGUUUCAACAAUCAGUGCCACCUGUAAUGGCAUUUCACCUUGGCUCCUUGGGUUUCCUCACCCCCUUCGAGUUUGACAAUUUCCAGGAACAAGUGACCAACGUUCUCGAAGGUCAUGCAGCUUUAACCUUGAGGAGCCGUCUAAGAUGUGUCAUUGUACGCAAAAAUGAAGAGGGGCAACCGACUGAACCACCCACUAAUCUUCUGGUGCUGAAUGAAGUUGUAGUGGAUAGAGGACCAUCACCUUAUCUAUCAAACAUCGAUCUAUUCAUCGACGGCAAACACGUGACGAGUGUCCAGGGCGAUGGUUUGAUUGUAAGCACGCCAACCGGAUCAACCGCCUACGCAGUCGCCGCUGGAGCCAGCAUGAUUCAUCCAUCAGUUCCUGCCAUUAUGAUCACACCGAUCUGCCCUCACUCCUUGUCCUUCAGACCGAUCGUCGUACCUGCCGGAGUCGAGCUCAAGAUAAAGGCAAACAGCAAUGCCCGCAGUACAGCCUACGUCUCCUUCGACGGUCGCAACCAGCAAGAGCUGCGUGUCGGUGACAGCUUAAGGGUAACAACUUCCAUAUAUCCAGUACCUAGUAUUUGCGCGGCCGAUCAAAUCACUGACUGGUUCGAUUCUCUGGCCGAAUGUCUACAUUGGAAUGUCAGGAAACGACAGAAGCAUUUGGACGAAUUAAGCGAUCUCGCGCAUUCAUCCAGUAACGAUACUUUAGAUUCCUUCGAUCGAGAUAGCUAGACCAAUAAACACUCGUUAUAAACUGUAAUACAAUCGACAAUAUAUUUGAUCGCCCAUAUAUAUCCGGUUAAGAAAUUCCGAGGGUCGACAAAUUAACAUCAUUUCCGUUGAUUAAAGUUUUACGAGAUGAAAUAUUCUUAAAUAUAGGAAAAGGAAGCCGAUAAAACUGACUGAUGAUCGACAAAAUAGCGCUCUGUAAGAUGACACUCUUAGAAAACAUUUGUGUACGAGAGAAUAAGCGAUCUUCAAACGAAAAGAAUGAUGAAUAUUAUUUAAUCCAAACGGCAAAAGAUAUGCUUAAGUCACGAUUAUAUAAAAAGUUUAAUUUCUAAUAAUAUAAAAUGCAUUUGUUUUCGUAGAGAUUUAUGUAUACAGUAAAAUAUCAUUUAAUAUGGAAAAUUAUCGUCGGACAAGUACUCUGGAUUAUUACUCUGGACGUUUAAAUAUCUUUUUUCAAUAAUAUUCAAUAAUGCCUGAAUGA